AACAGGCGAAACGGCGGCACAGCAAGCAAAAUAAGCGAGAGUGAACGCGGCGGCGAAGGCAAAACGUGAAUGCGAAAGUAAAAGUAAAAGAAAAGUGCAAAUGACGUGCACAUCCGCAGUGCGGUGAAGCUGUUCUUUCUCUAACUCUUCGAACUAUUAAAACAGAAACCAAUUAUUUAUAGUGUAAAGGUGCAUACUGAAAUUAAAGAGCUGACAACACUUCUCGCUACCUUCAAAUCGAGACGAAUAAUUUAAAAUAAAAAAAUAUUAAUUCUAAGUGGGCCAUCUGACAAACCAAUUACUAGUAUUAAGAAAAAAAAAAAUAAAUCAUAGCAACAAUUUCCAUGCUAACACACAACGAUAUUUGUGAGAAUCAACGCCAUAAAACCUCGAAUUUAUAUAAAAUGUGGUUGAUUUGCCGCAAAUACAACACCAACAUUGUUGCCACAUUAUUGCUACACAUUAUUCUGCUACUCAGCUGUCAUGCGGACUACGCCGUCGCACAACGUAAGAACGACACGAAUCAAGUGUACGUGACCGAUUCGUGCCUGGAGAAGCCAUAUCGUUGCCCACAUCCGAAGAUACAAUUCUACCUCUACACACGACGCACACAGCAGAAUCCCGAAUUCAUCGAUGUGCUGGACGACAAUGCGCUCUACUACACGCACUUCAAUCCGCGGCAUCCCACCAAAAUCAUCAUACAUGGCUUUGGCGGCGGACGCAAUAAUAGUCCCAGUCCGGAUCUGCGCGAGGCCUACUUUACCGUCGGCGAUUACAAUAUCAUUAUUGUAGAUUAUGCCGAAGCGGUGAAGGAGCCGUGUCUCAGCCAAAUGGAAUGGGCGCCACGUUUUGGCAGCUUGUGCAUCUCACAGUUGGUCAAGUAUUUGGCGCGUCAUCCGCGUGGUGUGCGGCCUGAUGAUCUACACUUUAUCGGUUAUAGCGUGGGCGCACAUAUUGCCGGACUCAUUGCGAACUAUCUGAAGCCGAACGAAGGUAAGUUGGGUCGCAUUACCGCCUUGGAUCCGACCAUUUUCUUUUACGCGGGCACGAACAACUCACGCGACUUGGACUCGAGCGAUGCGCAUUUUGUCGAUGUGCUGCAUACUGGCGCCGGCAUUUUGGGUCAGUGGCAUUCGAGUGGUCAUGCGGACUUUUAUGUGAACGGCGGCACGCGUCAGCCGGCGUGUGUGGGUUCAGCGACGCUCUUUCAAACCUUAGCCUGCGAUCAUACGAAGGUGACACCGUACUUCAUCGAAUCCAUAACCUCGACGCGUGGUUUCUAUGCGGGUCCUUGUCCGAAUCUCUUCACCUAUCUGAUAGGUUGGUGUGAGCCCAAGGAUUCGGAUUAUGUGCUGAUGGGCGAACAUGUCUCGCAUGAAGCUCGAGGAAAUUACUACGUGACCACAAAUGCCAAACCACCCUAUGCGCGUGGCUUUCCGGGAAAAGGACGCUCCGCAAACAAUGGCGAGUAUCAAGGCGUGCGCAGAUAAUCCCAACUACCUAAAAUCAUACAUAUGUAUAUAUAAAAUAUGAUAAAUCAUUUAGUUAGAAUUUAUAACUUCCUUGUAUAAAAGUAGUGCGUACUUGUGAUUUUAGUUAUAGAAUUGGGUAUUUUCUCACUGUGUACCAGUUAAUGUAUUUAUGUUAAAUAUUGUAAAUUUCAAACAGUUUUAAUUUUAAAGGUUUAAGAGUGUAGAAAUGGAAUUAUGUAUAUAUGAAUUAGGGUGGAAAUGAAAUAUAAAAAGUGUUUUGGUUUUGAAUUUGUAACGAAA